AUUUAAAUUGGGUAAGCAUUCCCCUGUUGUGGCCCAAUGGUGGCCACUGCUGCCCAAAAGGGCAGCCGGUGGAAUGCACUCUUGAUCUCAGGUUCAAUACCUCUCAGAACAGAUACUAAUCUACUAAUCUAACCAUUUCCUCUGUCAAAAAAAAAAAGAAAUAAAUAAAUAAAUUGGGUAACUUCAAUUCGCAAAUUCUAGUGUUGUGUUUUGUGCUAAAGCAUUCUUCAUUUUAAUUAACUUUCAGUUAAGUAGUUCCUUUUGAAUAUGUGUCAAUUGUGAAACACAUUAUCCUCAUCGUGGCGGUUCAUUCGAUUUCACAAUUUAUUUAACAGUCUUCAUUUCAUGGUUUAAGUCUCUACAUUUGCCUGAAUUGAUUCUUUUUAAAUUUUUUUAUUUCCUUGCAGAUAUGCAUCAGAACCAUGUGUAAGUCGUUAUGCAAAAAUAGCUGUACAUCUACCAAAUAAGACAGUACGAGACGUGGCAUUACGUUCUAGAUGGAUGACUAAAAGGGAAAUUAACAAAAGAAGGAAGGAAGAAUAUAAUUUAAGCAAGAAAGGCAGAGAUAGAAGGGAAAGAGUUCUCAAUUCUUCAGCAAAGUCAUCUCACUUUGGUUCUCAUGUUCCACAUGGUUCAACAAUGAUUCCUCCGAACUUUGAUGAUGGUAUUUCAUACAAAGCCAUUGGUGGUGUUACAGGAGAGCUUCUUCAGCAGAAUACCCAGGCCAUCAAUCAAAUAUCUGCAAAUAUUGCAGCUUUGAAGAAAAGUACUGACAUGUUUCUUCUUAUUUCUAUUUCCAGCAUGAAUGAGCCGUCCGACUUUAUGAGGCAGAUGCCACAACUUCCAGUAAAAUUGAACGAAGAGCUUGCCAACAUCUUCCUUCCUCCUCCAACAACCUUUCCCCCAUAAUCACAAUCCUUACUCUUCACUCUUAUCCAAGCCUUCUGAUUAUACUUCCCAUAACACAUCUCUGGUGACAUACUCGGCGCCCCAGCCUGAGCCACCUCAAACCCAACAAGGAAUGGAGAAAGAAAAUAACUAAAGUACUAUUCUCUUUCUCCCAUUCCUUGCAUGCGCCAGUUCAAUCAAAAAAUUUUGCUCCAUCUUAUUUUUGUCCUCUAGAUUGCAUUUUUGUGAAUGUCAGAGAUUAAAAUUAGCAAUUCGCCCACUAAAUUCUCUCGACCUUGCAUUGAAGGACUGUAAAUUUCAUGGUUAAUGGUUUCCUUUAUUAUUGAAGAAUCAAUUUUCUACAUAAUU